AUGGUUCUUCAGCCCGACUGGCCUGUCAAAGAUAUCUAUACAGGCUUCUGGAUCAAUCGGUCCCGUGGCAAAUUUUACGCUGCGACCCUUACGGUUGAUCAACGCUUAUGGAACUUAAUUGUUGCUUUCAUCGCUUUGUUUGUCGGCGCGGCAGCACGGAGCAUUUGGAAGCUAAUCCGCUUCGCACUUCAUUAUAAAUUUUCCAGUCAGACUACCAGAGAUGGUGUUCACAAUCAGCGGCAAGCCGUGUUGCGUAACACACCUCUUGCGACCGAUGCAGCCAUACAGCUGCUAGAGGUUAGCUACGUCUGGCGCCAUCGAGCUCAAGAAGGCACGGCAAGAACACUCAUUCUCUUCAGCUUGGCCCUUGCCAUCUCAGUGUCUACUACUGCAGCGGGUAUCUUUUCAUCGAGAAUCCUAACUACCUCCACCAACGACGUCCUAAUUAUUAGUCCAAACUGUGGUGCUCUAUUAUCCGGCCCUUCUGUUGAAUACAAUGUUUGGCGCUCACGCUGGGCGAAGUACACUACCCAAAAGAUGGUAGAGGAUCUCUCUUACGCAACACGAUGCUAUGGCAGUCAAGAUCCUGGAUAUUGUGACAAAUUUGCCCAGGCAGACUUGCCGUAUACUAUUUACAGAAACGCAUCUUGCCCUUUCGCACCAGAGCUGUGUCAAUCAAGUUUUGGAAAUCUGCUUCUUGACGCUGGUAACAUCGACUCGGUACGUCACCUUGGGUUGAACGCCGGUCCUUCCUUCUCCCUACGUUAUCGCACUCACUGCCCACCACUUAAGACUAUGAGCGGUGAGGUGGUGAUCAGU